CUACCUGUCAAAUGGAUGGCAAUCGAAUCCCUAGAAGACUAUGUGUAUACAGUGCAAAGUGACGUUUGGUCUUAUGGCGUCGUUUUGUGGGAAAUAGAAACUUUUGGUCGCAUUCCUUAUCCAGCUAUAAGUGGGCUUGAAUUGCUGAGCAAUCUGCAACAUGGAUAUAGACUUGAGAAGCCUGAAGAAUGUUCGAAUGAAGUGUGCCAAAUUAUGAUGGACUGCUGGCAAAAAGAUCCAAGCAAACGCCCCAAAUUCACUGACUUAACAAAGAGGAUCUUACUUUUGCUUAAGGACGUCCCUGGACACGAAGAUGUCGUGUCACCCGAAGAAUUGCACGAUGCCUCCUACGACGAAGUGGUUAUUGAUGAAUCAUUCCUAGCAAAGACACACGAAGAUGAACGAGCUCUGACAACUGAAGAAUUCAACAACACUUCUUACGACCAAGUGGUCAUUGAUGAAUCAUUCCUAGCAAAGACACACGAAGAUGCACGAGCUCUGACAACUGAAGAAUUCAACAACGCUUCUUACGACCAAGUGGUCAUUGAUGAAUCAUUCCUUGCCCAAGAAGAAGAAGAAGAAAAGGARGUCAAAAGCAUAAUCGAUAAACCUAGUGAGAUAGUAUUAAAUAUCAUCGAGAAUGAGGAAAGUCAAAGAUACGUUGAACAUCCAGGRCCACCAGCAAAUGUGACCAAAAACCACAAAAACAAGAGUGACGAGUUUGAGCCACAAAAAAGCAUUAUGUCACUUGCGAAUCCGGCUUAUGGGAUGAUAAAUGAAGAAUCCAUCUCAUAAUAUGACUYUCACAUUUCCACUUGAAAACUUAUAUGCAUAUAUAUGUUGUAUAAGAAUCCUGAAUGAACAAAAUGAAGCUACUUCGAAAUCGGACUAUAUUUGGUAAAUAAACCUCUUCUUGCCGUUGGGAUAACCGCUGAUGAUGUCCGAGGGUCAGGAAUAGUCUGGAGGAAAAAAAAAACAAUUGGCC